CGAAAACUUCAUUGCAGUCCGCUUCCUCUGCUUCGUUGUUGUUGCACGUUAAAUUUGUUAAACUCGUUCUCGCGAGCUUUGUGUUUCUAAUGUGAACUUAAACCUGUUGAGUUAAAAAUUGUUCUAAUAUUAGUGAUCUUGUCUGUGAUAAAAUGACUUAAUUGAAUAUGUGAUCACAAUAGUGCCGUUCAAGUUCGUAUAAUGGGUUUGAUAACGUCAAGGGAUCAGACAAUGUUGGAUGGACCGGUCGCGUCGGUGAAGAGCCACCAUGUACGGCAGCCGUCGACCCGGACCCGUACGAAGCCUCCCAUGCCUGACCGGGAUGAGCUGGAAAGCCGCUUCGUCAAAGUCCUGGCCUCAAUGGAUUUGCCGCCGGACAAAGCGAAGCUUCUUCGGAACUACGACCUGGAGAAGAAGUGGGAGAUCAUCUGCGACCAGGACAUGGUGCAGGCGAAGGACUCCCCGGCCCACUACCUCAACAAGCUGCGGACCUACCUCGACCCAAAGGCCUCCAGAAGUCAUAGAAAACGAAAAAUGGUGGGCGAUUCCACAUCGACCCAAGUCCUCAGGGACUUGGAGAUCUCCCUGCGAACCAAUCACAUAGAAUGGGUCCGCGAGUUUCUCAACGAACAGAACCAGGGUCUGGACGUGCUGAUCGACUACCUGAGCUUCAGGUUGAGCAUGAUGCGGCACGAGCAGAGGAUAGCGCUUGCCAGGAGCCAGUCCAGUGAUGGUAUCAACCAAGUUGCGAACACAACGACUUCCGACUGCAGCGCAACACCAGACCCCUCUGCUACCCUAAACGCCUCAUGGAGAAGGCGAGCGAGAUCUUCCGACACCGAGGACAGUGCUGCCAGCCCCGCCGUGGCCAGACGGAGAACUAGACACGCCGCCAGACUCAACAUGGGCGCCUCCACCGACGAUAUACACGUGUGCAUUAUGUGUAUGAGAGCUAUUAUGAACAAUAAGUACGGCUUCAACAUGGUGAUCCAACAUCGGGAAGCGAUCAACAGCAUUGCCUUAUCCCUGGUGCACCAUUCCCUAAGAACAAAAGCCCUGGUCCUAGAGCUACUGGCAGCGAUAUGCCUGGUGAAGGGCGGCCAUCAGAUCAUAUUGUCCGCGUUCGACAACUUUAAGGAGGUGGUGGGGGAGCCGAGGAGGUUCCACACGCUGAUGGAGUACUUCAUGAAUUAUGACACCUUCCACAUCGAGUUUAUGGUGGCGUGUAUGCAGUUCGUGAACAUCAUCGUGCAUUCCGUUGAAGAUAUGAACUUCAGGGUUCACCUUCAAUACGAGUUCACAGCGCUCAAGCUUGACGAGUACCUCGAGAGACUGAGGCAUUGUGAGAGCGAAGAUCUACAGGUGCAAAUCUCCGCGUACUUAGACAAUGUGUUCGACGUCGCCACGCUGAUGGAGGACAGCGAGACCAAGACUGCGGCGCUGGAGAAAGUCAACGAGCUGGAGGACGAGCUCGGACAUGCGCACGAGCGGAUGGCGGCGCUGGAGCGCGAGGCGAUGGCCAAGCUGGGCUCGCUGGAGGCCGAGCUGGCGGCCGCGCGCCGCGAGCGCGACCAGCUGGCCGAGGCGCGCCGCCAGGUCGCCGAGGAGGUUUCGACGUUACGGCGCGCUCAGCAAGACUCCCGCAACCGACAGUCGAUGUUGGAGUCCAAGGUUCAGGAGUUGGAGUCGCUCACCAAGUCACUGCCCAGAGGUGCUUCAAUGGGCGCAAUCUCCACACACGCGUUGUGCAACGGAAACGGCGCCACCAACGGCAACGGCCUCCCCAACGGGCACCACACGCCGUCCCCCCCUCCGCAGCCCCCCGCCCCGCCGGCCCCCGCCCCGUCCCUGGCCCCCGCCCCCCCGCCGCCGCCUCCCCCCGCGCCCGCGCCGCCCGCAGCGCCGCCCCCGCCUCCACUAGGAUCGUUCGCCCCCCCGCCGCCCGCGCCCCCCGCACCCGGCAUGAUGCCGCCGCCGCACCAACACGACGCGAUGACGAUCAAAAGGAAAGUCGACACCAAGUACAAGCUGCCCACGUUGAAUUGGAUCGCUUUGAAGCCUAAUCAGGUGCGAGGCACGAUAUUCAACGAGUUAGACGAAGAGCGUCCCCGGCGGCGCAUCAACUUUGCAGAGUUCGAGGAAAAGUUCCGCAUCGGCGGCGCUAGCGGCGCGGGCAGCGUGGACUGCGACACCGACACGCUGGCCUCCUUCCCGAGCAAGAGGUUCAGGAAACCCGACACUGUGUCGUUGUUGGAACACACCAGGCUGAGGAAUAUUGCAAUAUCCAGAAGGAAACUAGACACGCCCGUCGAGAAAGUGAUAGCGGCCGUCAACAACUUGGACUUGAAACAAUUGCCUUUAGAAAGCGUAGAAAUCCUCCAGCGAAUGGUACCCACGGAGGCGGAGCAGAAAGCUUACAAAGAAUACGUAGCAGAGAAGAAGAAUAUCAACCAACUCACAGAGGAAGACAAAUUCCUCAUGCAACUUGCAAAAGUAGAAAGAAUAUCGGCGAAAUUAUCAAUAAUGAGUUACAUGGGGAAUUUCUUCGACAAUAUACAUCUGAUAACGCCACAAAUACACGCGAUUAUAUCCGGUUCUUCAUCAGUGAAAUCGUCACAGAAGUUGAGGAACGUUCUGGAAAUUAUUUUGGCGUUCGGUAAUUACCUGAAUAGUAGUAAAAGAGGGCCGGCCUACGGUUUCAAGUUGCAGUCUUUGGAUACGCUGAUGGAUACCAAAUCGACUGAUAAGAGAAUGUCGCUGUUGCAUUAUAUUGUGGGGACGAUACGGCAGAACUUUCCAGAACUGAUGAACUUUGAUACUGAGUUGCUGUAUAUUGAUAAGGCUGCGCAAGUCUCCCUAGAGAACGUUGUAGCAGACGUGUGCGAACUAGAGCGCGGAAUGGAGCUGGUGCGGCGCGAGUGCGAGCUGCGAGACCAGCACCGCGCCACCAACCUGCUGCUGCUGCGGGACUUCCUCAGCAACGCCGCCGACAAGCUGCGGCGGCUGCGGGCGGAGACCAAGCAUGCUCAGGACUCGUUCGCGAGCUGCGUGGAGUAUUUCGGCGAGGCGCCUCGGGGCUGCGACGCGAACGCUUUCUUCUCGCUGCUCGUCAGGUUCACGAGGGCGUUCAAGCAAGCGGACACGGAGAACGAACAACGACGUCGACUAGAGCAGGCAUCGCAGAUGGCGGACUCUGUCGACCCCAACAAGGCGAAACUCACGCAGAAGAAACAACAGGAGGCUGUAAUCAACGAGUUAAAAACGAAAUCGCAAGCCGUCGGCGAAAAGAAACUGCUUCACCAGGACGAGGUGUACAACGGAGCCCUAGAGGACAUCCUGCACGGUCUCCGCUCGGAGCCCUACCGGCGGGCGGACGCCGUGCGGCGCUCCCACCGGCGCAGGAUCAACUCGCACCGUCUCUCCAAAGGGCUGGAAGAACUUGAGGUAUGAUACGAACACCAAUCCAGUGGCGAACUGGAUUGCAAAACGACCGUACAAAACGCAGUGAAAUCUAUCAAUGCGCGCGAGAAACGACGCAAAGAUUUAGAAAUGGUGCACAAAUAUAAGAAACCAAUGUCCGUUUUCAAUGAUGAUGCCAAUGUUACUGCGCACAGGAAGCCUAAAAUGUCCACGUAUAGAGUAGCGCCUAGCGAGUGUGAGGUGGAAGAGAGAUGCGAGAUAAUCAAGUCCACUUACGAUGUUAUAUCGAAGUAUACGCGAGCCAUGUUCGAUAAACAGAACGAUGCCGUCGUUUGAAUGAUGUGCCUGAUUCGUGAUUAUAUUUCUUUAAUAAUGGUUUUAAAACACUUACGCACAAAGUUUUGGUGCGCCGUCUUGCCUAUUUUUUAUGGUGCGAUGUACGCCUAAAAGUCGUAUUUUGUAAGCUUAUAAAAUCCAAUUCCAACGCAACACGAACGCAAUAUUUUGUUACGAACAAUUUACAAAGUUUUCAAUUUGUAUACAAAAGCUUGGCUUCAUAGUUUUAUACGAAUGUCCAUAGCGUAUUGCUGUCCUCUUCUCUUAUUGGUAUUAGAGGGAGACAAAGCAUUUAGGUUGGGCAUUUUAGUACCGCUAGUUCAUACGGCCUUUAACCAAGUUUUUUACCCAAGUUUUUCGAUAUGUAAUUUUUUUACACGUAAUAUUUAGAUGAUAAAUUAUCAGUGACCUUAAUAUGAUAUACACGUAUAUAACUCUAUAUAUUUAUCUAUAAUAUUAAGGAAGAUUGUUGAAAUAAGGAAUCAAUAGAAUUUUUGACGUUACAUUGCGAAUAUUUUACGAUGCUUUAGCUCAGCAUUCAUAGUGCAUUCCAAUCUUAGAUGACGAAUCCAAUAGUGGCUUCUGGCUGUCAAUAACAGCCCUUCCUUCUAUGAUCACGUAACGAGAUUGGCUAAUAUACUGUGUGACCAAGACAGCAUAAUAUAAUGCUGUCUUUUUCUGCGCGAAAAACCGACUAACUGAAUUAUACAAAUGAUUGUGAAAUGU